AUUUGACUCAAAGCGUCGCGGAUUUCUGAAUCAGUGAUAAAUGCCUGGUCGCCUGAUACUACGACGUCCAUCUCCGACGACCGUCUCAUUCACCGUAUCCAAUGCCUCCAGACACACGAGCACGCCAGCGAAGAUUCUCUUCUAUCUUCAAAUCCUUUUGCGCGCAUUAGUCUUCGUCUGCGUGGUUUUCUUCAAUAUUGCAAGACUCCGCAACUCUUUCUUUAAGCAAGAUGGGUCUUUAGUACGCUGGAGUAUAAUAUGGUCGAGUCCAUUAGGGUCACUUGUGUCCCGAAUUGUAGAUUCAUACAGUUCUUGGCUUGUCGUUGUGGUGAGCGCGAUUGUUAUCUAUGGUGUCUUUAGGAAGGGUUACACGGAGGAAUCGUUGCUUGUCAUACGUGGUUUGGGAAUUCAAACUUCUACUUCGUCCCUGACCUAUCUCUCCAAGGCCUCGACGCGAUUCAUUCCCACCACUCAGAUCCAGGACAUUGUGAUUCACGAGGCUUUCAAAGGUUUUGAAGUCCGCUUUUACCUAGCAAUUAUUGUAGAUGGGGAGCCCGAGGUUGUCGUAGUGUUCCCUAAACUUUUGCCGAGCCGGGCAAUACUAGAAGAGGUUUGGAGGGGCUCGCGGCACUGUCUCUAUGAUUCGAAAUCUUAACAUAAAGGAGUUUGGAAGCAAUUAUUUUCCCUUUGAAAAAGAGGCAUUCUCAUGUCUAAU